AUGAAGUCAGACAGAAAGGUGGCCGCAGGACGUCAUUCUCUCAGCUCUUUUGAGGCAAUGCUCUCGGUUCUCUUCAUUAUUCUUAUGGUCCUAUGUGCUGGGUUAAUUGCAGUGUCCUGGCUGGCAAUCAAGGAAUCAGAAACAGAUGCAGCCCUUGGAAAAAGUCAUGAAGUCAGAGGGACAUUUAAAAUAACAUCUGGAGUGACAUAUAAUCCUAAUUUACAAGACAGACUCUCAGCAGAUUUCAAAGUUCUUGCUUUUGACCUUCAGCAAAUGAUAGAUCAGAUCUUUGAAUCAAGUAAUCUGAAGAAUGAAUAUAAGAAAUCGAGCGUUUUCCAAUUUGAAAAUGGCAGCGUUAUAGUCCUUUUUGACCUUUAUUUUGCUCAGUGGGUAUCAGAUGAAAAUGUAAAAGAAGAACUGAUUCAAGGCAUUGAAGCAAAUACAUCCAACCAACUGGUCACUUUCCGUAUUGAUUUGAACAGCAUUGAUAUCACAGCAUCUUUGGGUGACUUCUCCACAGCAUUCCCUGUCACUACUUCAGCUGGGUUGGGUAACUUCUCAACAGCAAUUGCUAUAACAACUUCAGCAUCUUUGGGUAACUUCUCAACAGCUAUUGCUACAACCACUUCAGGCAGUGUCCCAGUAGAGUGCCAGCCUGGUUCACGACCCUGUGCUAAUAUUUGGAAUUGUAUAGCAACUGAUUUAUUUUGUGAUGGAGAAGUGAAUUGUCCAGAUGGUUCAGAUGAAGACAGAAAACUGUGUGCCACAGCUUGUGAUGGAAGGUUUUUGUUGACGGAAAAUUCUGGAUCUUUCCAAGCUGAUCGUUACCCAGGGUCAGACAGUUCAGGUGUUGUUUGCCGCUGGAUCAUCAGUGUAAGCCAAGGACUUUCCACUCAGAUCAGCUUUGGAUCUUUUAUUGCACAUUAUACUGAUGUGUUAGAUAUUUAUGAAGGCAUAGGACCCAGCAAAAUUUUAAGAGCCUCUUUUGUGGAAACUGAUCCUGGAACAGUUCGAAUUUUCUCCAACCUAGUUACAGUCGCCUUUCUGGUAGAAUCUGAUGAAAGUGAUUACAUUGGCUUUAAUGCGACCUAUGGCACCUUUAACAGCAACGACCUUAGCAAUGAUGAGAAAAUCAACUGUACUUUUGAAGAUGGCUUUUGCUUCUGGGUCCAGGAUCUUGAUGACGAUAAUGAGUGGGCAAGAAUUCGGGGGCCACAAUUUCCUCUCUUCACAGGACCAUCUUUUGACCACACAUUUGGAAACGAUUCAGGAUUUUACAUUUCUACACCAACGGAACGAUGCUGGAGAAACGAAAGAGUGGGGCUUUUGAGCCUCUCUUUAGAGCUCGCUUCGGAGCCUGCCUGCCUUCAUUUCUGGUAUUACAUGUGUUGUGAAAAUGUCUACAACUUAAGCAUCCAAAUCAGCAGUGAUGAAAGCACAGACAAGACAGUUUUUCAAAGAACAGGAAAUUAUGGGAGGAAUUGGAAUUAUGGCCAAGUUACAUUUAAUGAAACAGGGAAAUUUAAGGUUGUAUUCAAUGCAUUUAGAAACCCAGGUUUUAGUACAAUAGGUCUGGAUGACAUAAACCUAACAAAUGGAAUGUGUAGUGAGAGUCCUUAUCCAGAACCAACUUUGGUUCCUACACCUCCACCAGAGCUUCCUACUGACUGCGGAGGACCUUUUGAAUUAUGGGAGCCAAACACAACAUUCAGUUCUCCCAACUUUCCAGAUACCUACCCUAAUCAAGCUUUCUGUGUAUGGAAUUUAAAUGCACAGAAGGGAAAAAAUAUCCAACUUCAUUUUCAAGAGUUUGAGUUGGAAAGCAUCAAUGAUGUGGUUGAAGUGAGAGAUGGGGGAGAAGUUGACUCCUUACUCUUAGCUGUGUAUACAGGGCCUGGCCCUGUGAAGGACGUGUUCUCCACCACCAACAGGAUGACUGUGCUUUUCAUCACAAGCAGGAUAACGGCAAGCAGGGGCUUCAAAGCAAAUUUCACUACUGGAUAUUACUUGGGCAUCCCAGAGCCCUGCCAGGAUGAAGAAUUUCAAUGUAAAGAUGGAAAGUGUAUUCCAAUGGGGAACCUCUGUGAUGGACACACACACUGUGCUGAUGGCUCAGAUGAAGAAGACUGUGUGAGGUUUCUCAAUGGCACAAUGAACAACAAUGGUUUGGUACAGUUCAAAAUCCAUAGUGUUUGGCAUGUCGCUUGUGCCGAGCACUGGACUGCACAGAUUUCAGAUGAAGUUUGUCAACUCCUGGGACAAGGGAGUGCAAAUUCAUCAAUGACAAUGUUGUCUGCUGGAAAUGGACCUUUUGUGAGUUUAAACAUAGCCCCUAAUGGCAGCUUGACACUAACACCCAGUCUUCAGUGCUCACAAAAUUUAUUGAUUAUGCUACAUUGUAACCAUAAAUCAUGUGGAGAAAAAAUGGUGGCCUCGAAUGUCAACCCAAAGAUCGUUGGUGGAAGUGAUGCCGAGGCAGGGUCGUGGCCCUGGCUUGUGGCUCUGUAUUACAGAGACAGUUACAGAGACCAGCUGCUCUGUGGUGCGUCUCUCGUCAGCAGUGAAUGGCUAGUGUCUGCUGCACACUGUGUCUAUGGACGAAAUGUAGAUCCAACCAGGUGGACAGCAGUCCUGGGCCUGCAUAUGCAAUCGAAUCUGACUUCUCCUCAAGUAGAAAGACGGGUAAUCGAUCAAAUUGUCAUCAGUCCUCAUUAUGAUAGGAGAAGAAAGUUCAGUGACAUUGUUAUGCUGCACCUUGAGUUUAAAGUGAAUUACACAGAUCAUAUCCAGCCUAUUUGUUUACCAGAAGAAAAUCAAAUAUUCAGUCCAGGGAGAAUUUGUUCAAUUGCUGGCUGGGGCGCUACUGAAAACGGAGGUUCUACUGUCAAUGUGCAGCAAGAAGCUGAUGUUCCUCUUGUAUCCAAUGAGAAGUGCCAGCAACAGCUGCCCGAAUACAACAUCACUGGAAAUAUGAUAUGUGCAGGAUAUGAAGAAGGAGGCAUUGAUUCUUGUCAGGGUGAUUCAGGAGGACCAUUAAUGUGUCAAGAAAACAACAGGUGGCUUCUUGUUGGUGUGACAUCAUUUGGAGUGCAAUGUGCACUGCCUAAUCGCCCUGGCGUAUAUGUCCGGGUCUCAGAGUUUGUAGAGUGGAUACAGAGUUUUCUGCAUUAGUCAUUUUCCUGACCCAAGCAUGAAAGUUGGGAAGUUUUGGUUUAUUUGUUUGUUUUUCCUUUUUAUUCAAAAUAGCAUGGCAACUGAGAGUUUUGUGAGAAGAAAGAAAAGGCCUUUCUAUUAAAUUGAAUCAUUUAAAUACUGGGAUGAAGAAGAAAAACAAAACAAGAAAUUAAAAUCAAUCUCUGCAACAUUAAUUAACUCUAAAAUGAAUUUUUGUUUCAUA